AAGAAUCCCCUGUUUUUUUAUGACUCUGUUUGUUAACAAAUGAGAUGGUAGAAAGUGAUUCAAGUAAAGAAAAUAUUGAGGAAAGUAGUAAAAGUGACAAAUUAUGGAGCAAAGAUAAUUUAUCUUCAAUUUGUCAUAGAGACCCUUCAUUUUCUGGUUGGUUUGAUGAACAUGGCACUCUUCAUUCAUCUCAAUUAGUCAAUAGACAUAAUGGAGAUGAUUUCGAUUUCGAAUGUUCAAAGGGGAAAGAAAUCAAUGUCUCUAUUGGUACUGAGACAAAUCAACAUAGUAGUAGUAGUAGUAGUAGUAACUUUAAGCAUAGGAUGAGGGGUAGUGGUGGUGGUGGAGAUUUUGGUAGUGGAGAAGAUAGGUAUGUUCCGUUUGACGUGGAGAAUGGUUCAUCGAGUCAUCGAGGAUCUAUUGAUGAUGAUAUCGAAUGUGGUGAUAGUGAUGAUGAUGAUGAUGAUGAUAAUCACUCAACUUUCUCGGAUUACCAUGACUCACCACAGCUAGUUUCAAAGAAUGGUGUUGCUGAAAUUGAUGUGUUGAAGACAUUUUUCUUUAUACUUGUAUGGUAUUGUGUCAGCUUGUUCUUGACAUUGUACAAUAAGAGUCUUCUUGGGGAUAAACUAGGGAAGUUCCCUGCGCCUUUACUGAUGAACACUGUGCACUUUGCGAUGCAAGCUGUUUUGUCCAAGGCCAUUACCGGGUUUUGGCAUCAACGAUUUCAACCUACAGUGAUGAUGUCUUGGAGAGACUAUUCUUUGAAAGUUGUACCGACAGCUCUUACAACAGCAAUGGAUGUGAACCUCAGCAAUGCAUCCCUUGUUUUCAUCUCAGUCACAUUUGCCACUAUGUGUAAAUCUGCAUCUCCCAUCUUUCUCCUAUUCUUCGCAUUUGCUUUCAGGUUGGAGUCUCCAAGUGUAAAGCUACUGGGAAUCAUCUUGGUCAUUUCUGUUGGGAUACUAUUAACAGUUGCAAAGGAGACAGAAUUUGAGUUUUGGGGAUUUGUCUUUGUUAUGCUUGCUGCAGUUAUGUCUGGAUUUCGCUGGACUAUGACUCAGAUUCUUCUGCAGAAAGAAGCCUAUGGUUUAAAAAAUCCACUCACACUAAUGAGCUAUGUUACUCCAGUAAUGACUCUUUCAACUGCUGUGUUGUCCCUUAUUUUUGAUCCGUGGCACGAAUUCAGACACACCAAUUACUUUGAUACGUCAUGGCAUAUAGCUAGAAGUUGUUUGUUGAUGCUUUUUGGCGGAACUUUGGCUUUCUUUAUGGUGUUGACGGAAUAUAUUCUUGUGUCUAUAACAAGUGCAGUAACAGUGACAAUAGCGGGAGUUGUAAAGGAGGCGGUAACUAUCUUGGUUGCUGUAUUUUAUUUUCACGACGACUUCACCUGGAUGAAAGGUUUCGGUCUCAUGACGAUAAUGUUUGGUGUCAGUUUGUUUAACUGGUACAAGUAUGACAAAAUACAUAAAGGUAGCACAAGUGAAGAUGAAAUUGGAUCACCAUUAAGAAAUGCAGCUACCAAGUAUGUUAUACUUGAAGAAAUGGAAUAUCAAGACCAUGGUCCUUGA